AUGGCCGACUCAGUAGACCGGGUGUUUGUGCAUGCGCUCAACACCGUCAAGAAGAUACCCAAGACUGGAGCAGUGCGACCGCCACCCCCAGACCGGAUGCGCCUAUAUGGCCUCUACAAACAAGCAAUGGAGGGCGACGUCGACGGGGUCAUGGAGAGGCCGAGUGUAAUAACCGGCUUGGCCUCGGAUGACCUGCAGCGGGAGCAGGAUAAGUGGGAUGCUUGGGAUUCGCAGAGAGGCCUCAGCAGGACUGAGGCAAAGCGGCGAUAUAUCGAGGCACUCAUUGAGACUAUGCACAAAUAUGCAACGACACCAAAUGCAGCCGAGUUGGUAUCCGAGCUCGAAUUUGUGUGGAACCAGAUCAAAAACAACAGCCCCAGCUCUUCGGAGCUUUCCGCAAAGCAGCUCGGUGCGGACAGUGGCCCCCAUCGAUUCGCACAACCCAUGUCUGGUACGGACGGCCCCUUGAAGGUCCUCAGCCCGAUGAGCGAGGAGGACGAGGCGGAACAUGACUAUCAGAGGCGUAUGGCAGCGGGCGAUCCUGAUGAAGACGGCGAGUACGUCAAGAGAGGGGACAAAUGGUCCAAGAAGAUGGAGCGAGCAAUCGUACGACUAUCUACGGAAAUAGCAGCCCUCAGAGAGCAAAUCACGACAGGCCGAGAGUGGCGGUUGAAGAAGGAGCGCAGUCUCAGCGCCUGGAUGGGCUGGAUAUUAUGGGUUGUCAUGAAGCAUCUGGUCCUCGAUGCGUUCCUCCUGGCUCUGGUUCUGCUAUGGAUGCGAAGGAGAAGGGACAGAAGACUGGAGGAUCUGGUCCGGGCUGCGCUCAAAAUUGGGAGAGAGUACAUCCGCAAGGUCCUGCCAUCCAGAUGA